AUGUCCGGACGACAUGUUGCUCGCUGCUCGGCGAUCAUGUUGCGUACGGCACACGGGCAGCCAAAAGAACAAAAACCGUGGACUGGACGUCGGUCUCAGACGGACAGGUUGUCCAGGGAAUCGAUAUAUCGGUUUCAUCGCCCUCCUACAUUUUUUUCUGCUGUCACAUCGAAGGAUCCUCGUGCUCAGUGGAAGUCCGUCGAGGAAUUCGACCGACCCCACCCUUUCACUGUCCCUUUUUACAUUUCCAACUCCCUUCGAUUGGUCAUGUACAGUCACGAACUGAGGCUGACAAGGGUGAUAAUAACCACCGACCCAGACGUAGUGGUUUCGGAUAGCGUGGAGCUCGUGCUGCUUGCAGACUGCGACGUGCCUAGUAUGCUACCUGGUGAACGGUGGUAUGACUAUCGCAAAGGCGUGUUUACCCGCCACCAACGUGCCUAUCUCCUCUCCUACAAAUGGCCAGUUAACAGCUGCCCUGGUACGACUCCUAUUCACCUGUAG